AUGGGAAGAAGACAUACGUGGGCGUCACUAUGGACGCUGAGAGAAGUGCCUGUGCCAGUGCCUCAACGGAGAGGUGGUGGGAGGAGCCAAGUCAACUCAGAAGUGUGUGCACCCUCUCCCCCCCCCCCCCCCUUCUUCCCUCUGCUCUCCCUUUCUCCCUGCUCUUCCCCCUUCCCUGCUCUUCCCCCUUCCCCGCUCUUCCCCCUUCCCUGCUCUUCCCCCUUCCCCGCUCUUCCCCCUUCCCUGCUCUUCCCCCUUCCCCGCUCUUCCCCCUUCCCCGCUCUUCCCCCUUCCCUGCUCUUCCCCCUUCCCCGCUCUCCCCCUUUCCCUGCUCUCCUUCCGCCCCUCUGCUUUCCGCUGGCCAGGCUGAAGCAGCACAACGGGGAGGUGGUGGGGGGAGCCAAGUCAACGCGGGCUGGCAGGCCGUGGGCGCUCGUGUCUGUGGUAUCAGGGUUCAGGACCAGGAGCGAAGCGUUCCAAUUCGAGUGGCGAUGGAAGAAUCCGCGGAAGCUCCGAGGCGACGGCACCACGUACGACCGCACUGCAUAUGACCGCACCGUCCGGACUUCCUUUCUCCGACUCCGCGGAGUCCCCUCUAUGAUUAGAAAUAGUAGAAUUAGUAGAUCAGGAAAGUUUGUAGUACCUCUCCCGAACAUGGAGCGCGCGGUGACGUCUCUCCUUAUCUGUGCGGCGUGCCUCACUGCCGCGUCUGCCACAAUCUUUCCGCCAUCAUUCGGCCGCGUAAGCCACGGCAGUGCAACUCAUAGCCCGGGGAUCGCGUAUCGCAAGUCUUCUGAGGCGCCUCAAAAGCCAUUCGGUGGUGUCAGCCACGGCAGCGCAGCAACUCUUGAUAGUCCGGGGAUCACGUAUCAAUGGUUUUGGGUCAAGUUGCGUCCUACGAAGCACAAGGGGAAAGUGAUCGGCGACAGACGAGCAUUUGGGACACUUUUUUGGAAGAUUAUGAAGUUUUCACGGAGGGCAUAUUACAUCAGCCUUUAUUGGGAGUACCGGAAACUCAGCUCAGGAGCCACCCCUGUGCUACACUCUGGCACCUCCUGCACUGUAGCAGGCACUACCUGGGACCAAGACCCGCAAGUCUCGUAUAUAAACAUGACCAAGCCCCCCAAGAAAGGUCGUAAACCGCGCUACGCUUUUUAUAAGUGGUACCAUUAUAAGCCAGGGCAUUUGCAGACGAGCUUAGACAUUAUGAAGACGUUUAUGGAUCCUGGUUCUUAUUGGCAUGUUGCGACUGACCAGAACGAUUAUGCACUCUGCGGAAAGAUGGUGGUAUCGGAGGCGAAAGGUGUUAUUGGCGGCACGCUUUGA